AUGGUUGCUUGUGCCACAAAGGCCGCAAGACGUCCUACCAAUGGACAUAUUGGCAUCAACGGCUUUAAAACGCAUAUACGAUAUCCUUCUGCAGAUGUAUCCUUCGCUGCCCUUACCACUCCAGUCGAAAACAAGAAAUUCGAUUUUCAAGAUGACAGGGAGAGCCGUGAACAAGUUUCAUUAUCGGCUGCGUUUCUGACCUACUUCUCCUAUGGUUUACUCACAGUUGUUGGUUAUGUGCUGGAAGGAUUGGCAAAGCUCGGUAUUGGUGGACAUGGGCUUAUGCGUGACCCGAGGGUAAAAGAAGGCAUUGCUCCCUUGUACGCCAAUUUCGAGAGCUUCUUCACGCGUCACAUUUAUCGGAGAAUCCGAGACUGUUGGAAUCGACCAAUUUGCUCAGUUCCAGGAUGCAAAGUAUUGCUUAAGGAUCGCUACACGCCGGACAACGGAUGGACGUUCAAUUUCACCGGAACAACGACGGAAUGCAUAAAUAUGGGUUCUUACAAUUAUUUGGGUUUUGCCGAAAAUGUGGGCCCCUGCUGCCGAGCUGCCGCUGAGGCAAUUCGCACUGAAGGCUUGACAUUGGCCUCUUCCAUCAGUGAAUUGGGUGUUGGUCGUGCCGUCCGUGAAUUGGAAAUCCUGGUUGCCGAGUUCCUUGGGCUGGAUGAUGCCUUGGUCUUUGGCAUGGGAUUUGCCACGAAUUCCCUGAAUCUGCCUGCGCUUGUUUCGAAGGGGUGCCUGAUAAUUUCGGACCAAUGGAACCACGCGUCGUUGAUAUUGGGCAGUCGGCUUUCCGGUGCAUCAAUUCGAGUUUUUCAGCACAACAAUAUGGCAUCUUUGGAGCAAGUCCUCAAAGAUUCAAUUAUUCAGGGGCAACCCAGAACGAAGCGUCCAUGGAAGAAGAUCCUCAUUGUUGUUGAAGGAAUUUAUUCCAUGGAGGGCACAAUAGUCAAUCUGCCUGGAAUCAUCGAACUAAAGAAACGGUACAAAGCGUAUCUUUAUCUUGAUGAAGCUCAUAGUAUUGGCGCGAUUGGACCCAGAGGAAGAGGUAUUACCGACUAUUUCGGAAUCGAUCCCAAGGAGGUUGACAUAAUGAUGGGAACCUUCACGAAAAGCUUUGGAUCUGCCGGUGGAUAUAUUGCUGGGAAGAAAAGCAUCGUACAAUAUCUGCGGUCAAAUUCGCAUGCUACAAGCUAUGCUGCUGCCAUGAGUCCGCCUGUGGCACAACAAAUCAUUAGUUCUAUGCGUAUCAUUAUGGGGAAGGACGGAGACGGUGAAGGAUUAGCUCGCAUCAAAGCUUUGGCAGCAAAUUCACGGUACUUCAGGCGACGACUGACGCAGCUGGGAUUUAUUGUCUAUGGACACGACGAUUCACCAGUUGUUCCUUUGAUUCUGUAUCAACCUGCAAAAAUCGCAGAAUUCGUGAGAUUGAUGACAAAGAAAGGAGUGGCUGUUGUUGGUGUAGGUUUCCCUGCCACGCCGCUCAUCGAGUCCAGAGCCAGAUUUUGUUUGAGUGCUGGGCACACGCGAGAAAUGUUGGACACCGUCUUGGAAGCCACCGAUGCAAUUGGAGACAAGUUACUGAUUAAAUAUUCUAUGAAGCCCGGCUCGAAAAAGGCAAUCAAGUAUGAGCUUUGA